CGGCGAGCAGGCUCUAGAGCACAUGGGCUCAGUAGUUGUGGCCCACGAGCUUAGUUGCCUGACCAGGGAUCUAACCCAAGUCCCCUGCAUUGGAAGGCGGAUUCUUAACCACUGGACUGCCAGGGAAGUCCUCUGUUCUCUGAAAUUUAAAAACGCUGGCAUUAGCAGAGAGCACAGGAAAGAGAGAAGCAUUGAAGUCAAAGAGGGAUGUUUUUGGAGGCCCUGUGGGGUUUGGACUGUGAUCAUGCAAUGUCUCCUAAACCCAUUGGUGGAGUUUGAAUUUUAUCCAAGAAUAACAGGAAGACACUGCAAGUGCAAGAGUGACAGAGCAGCAUCUCAGACAUGUCGAAAAAGAUGUUUUGAUCCCCAAAAUAAUGAGAGAAAAGGCCCGAGAGAGAUGUUCUGAACAAGUUCAAGGAGGAGCUUCAAGAUGGCGGAAGAGUAAGACGUGGAGAUCACCUUCCUCCCCACAGUUACAUCAGAAAUACAUCUACACGUGGAACACCUCCUACAGAACACCUGCUGAACACUGGCAGAAGACCUCAGACCUCCCAAAAGAUUUCACUAAAUGUUGCAAGGACUCUGGAAUCCUUAUGGUAGUAAAAUGCCGCAAAGAAAAUUCUGCAUUGAAAGAAUGUCUAACUGCUUACUAUAAUGAUCCAGCCUUUUAUGAAGAAUGCAAAAUGGAAUACCUGAAGGAAAGGGAAGAAUUCAGAAAAACUGGAAUUCCUACCAAGAAAAGGCUGCAGAAGCUUCCCACAAGCAUGUAGGCAAAUAUUCAAAUGAUACUCAGUAACGCCAAUGUUCAUGGAAAUCACAGUCACCUGAAAUGAUGGACUCAAAGAAGUGUCUGCUUUAUCCUUAAUUAUGGAAAUAAUUUUAUCUGAAAUAAAGGUUUUUCUUAAACUUCAAA